ACACUUCUAUAUAUACUCAACAUUUCAAAACUCACUCCAUCACCCAUCACUCAACACCCAACACUCCUCCCUCCGGUGACCGCAUUUCUUGAUCUUUUCCCCGUCGCCAUGUAUAACAACCAUAACGAUCGCUUCGCCAGCAUUGAAACAACUUGUGGUUUGCUGCUAUUGGAAUUGCAGAAAAUAUGGGACGAAGUGGGAGAUAAUGACGUUCAAAGGGACAAAGUGUUGCUCGAAAUUGAAGAAGAGUGCCUAGAGGUCUAUAAGAGAAAAGUUGAUGAGGCUGGAAAGUGUCGAUCUGAAUUGCAACGUGAAAUUGCUUUGGUUGAAGCGGAAAUUGAGAGUAUCUGUUAUGCAUUGAGUGAGCAACCGGUAAAAGUAAGUGAAAUUAGGUUUGGCAAAUUCAUAUUUCAUGGAAAGGAAAUUGAAUUGUUUGUUUUAUGCCCUCAGGAUGAGCAGAAGGCCAGUAGAAACUUAAGAGAAAAGCUUCAAAUAAUUUUUCCUCAGUUGGAGGAAAUGCGGAAGAGAAAAGCAGAGAGGAAAAAGCAAUUCGUUGAAGUUCUAGACGAAUUAAACAACAUUUCGAAAGUGAUUUUCGGCUCUUCUGCUGAAGAUAAUCCGUGCGGGAACGUUGUGGACGGGGACGACUUCUCUAUGAGAAGAUUAGAACAAUUACAGAAUCAGUUGCGUGAGCUUCAGAACGAGAAGAGCAAUCGUUUGAAGCAAGUACUUUCUCUUUUGGACACUCUGAGCUCCCUGUGUGAGGUUCUUAGUAUGGAUUUCAAACACACAAUUCACGAGAUCCAUCCAACUUUGGAUGAUUCUAAAGAAUUAAAAGACAUAACCAAUUAUACAAUUGAGAGGUUGACUACUGUAAUAGAAAGUGUUCGAGAUGUCAAGAUACAGAGAAUGCAGAGGCUUCAAGGUCUUGGAACUGUCCUUCUUGAGUUUUGGGAUUUGAUGGGCACUCCAAUUGAGGAACGACAGAUGUUUCAGAAUGUUACCAGUAUUAUUGCUGCUUCAGAACCCCAAAUUACUGAGCCUAAUAUGCUUUCCAUGGACUUCAUUAACCAUGUUGAGGACCAAGUCUCAAGGCUCAAGCAGCUCAAAUCAAGUAAAGUAAAGGAGAUUAUUCUGAAGAAGCAGUUGGAACUAGAAGAGAUAUGCAGGAAUGCACACAUUCUAACAGAAUCGCUUACUGCUGCUGAAUAUUCCAUUGAAGCUGUAACAUCUGGAGUGGAUCCUGUGCAUUUACUAGAAGAGAUUGAGUUUGAAAUUGCAAAGGUUAGAGAGAAAGCCUUUAGCAGGAAGGAAAUACUUGACAAAGUGGAAAAGUGGCUCGGUGCGUGUGAAGAAGAGUGCUGGCUUGAGGAGUACAACAGGGAUGAAAAUCGUUAUAAUGCCGGACGGGGUGCGCAUCUUACCUUGAAACGUGCAGAGAAAGCUCGUGCAGUUGUUAACAAAAUUCCUGCAAUGGUGGAGGCAUUGACUUCAAAAACUAAAGCUUGGGAGAAAGAACAAGGAAUUCAGUUCUUAUACGAUGGUGAACGACUUCUUUCUAGCCUGGAACAGUACAGCAACCUAAGGAAAGCGAAGGAACAAGAAAAGAUAAGACAAAGAGACCAGAAGAAACUUCAGGUCCAGCUGAUAGCAGAGAAGGAAGCACUUUUUGGGGCAAAAUUCAGUUCAUCAAAGAGUGGAAGGAAGGCUUCUAGAACUUCAGUGGGAUUUGCAAGUAACCGGAAACUCUCCCUUGGUGGAGCGUUGCUUCAGAACUUUAAAGCUGACAAAUCAUGUCCUCACAUGCAUCUAAAUAAGACGGGCGAUUGUUUGUAUCAAAAUGGCUGCUUGGGUUCCCAGAAUGGGGGGUUAGCAACUCAGAGCUCUGGUAGGAGAAAUUCAGAGAUUGCUGGUCAUUUAGUAAAGAGACAGUCUUCUGCAAAGGCUUGUUCAACUGAAUUGCGCUUGAUUAGAAAGCCCCUCUCUCCGAUUCCUUUAAGGAUGUCUUCUCAUGCUAACAUAGCAAAUUUCUCAGAAGAUCAGAAAGGAAUGCAAGAUGAGAUAUCUCAGACAGUUGUUCCUUGUAUUAACACACCAAAGGUGACACCUACCAAAUCGAUCUCUGGUGGAGAUGAAGGGAACGGAACCCCAAAGACACUUCCAACAACUCCAACGACGAUCUCGGCUCCUAUGCUGAUGGCCUUAACACCGGCUACCCCUUAUGUUUAUUCUGCUACUAAGACAGCGAAAAAGACUCUGGAACAAAUUGAAUACUCAUUUGAAGAGCUAAGAGCUGGAUUCAUCUGUCCAGAAGCACAACUAUGAUCACCGUUGCAAGUUUGAGAUGUCAGCAACUAGAGAGAAAUUUCAAGCUGUUGUUUUGAAUUCUUUCCGGGAUCAACAAUGAGGUCAAUUUCAAUUGACUGCAUUAAUUUUCUUUUCUACACCCGCCAUACAAACAAAGGAAUUUGUUGUGGGGUUCAUUUCACCAAAGCAUUAAAGGUGAGCCUAUCAUUCUAGUCAUUUGGGAAUGAAAUGAUUGGAUACUAGAUUUUGUGGCUUUGCCGGCUGAUAGAAGUUGGCACUGGUGUUACAGUUCCAGAGAGUGAUGCUUUAUAUUAAAAGGGUGAUUGCUUCGGUUUUCCAAAAUUCUGCCUCUGUUGGCCAUAAAUCUUGUAACUGCAUAAUAACUAAUGAUACUAAUAUUAUGGCUGCCUUGUAGACAUUAGGGUGGAUGGAUGAACCUAAUUAUAUGUAUUGCCCAUUAAAUAGGGUGGUGAGUGGAUCAGAUGGGGACCAGAGAUUUUAAUUUCAGUUGAUCUUUGUUCUUGCAAUGGAAAUGUGGGGUCCAUUGAAAUACCUGGUCUGGGACUGGUUGGCAUGGCAUGUGCAUGUGUGCAACCUCGGACAAUUUUACCGACUCAUCCACCAACUUACCCAGUGUAGUUGACUUCUUUGCACGGGAAGAUCUUUUGGUCAAUAUCCUUCUCCUUCUCCCUGCCAACAACGCUUUUGCAGGCAUGGUAGAUCACCUGUAACUGUUAUCUUUUUCUCCUUUUCAACACGUUCCGAUAAUAUAUCAUCAUCAUCAUCACAUCA